AUGGCAGAACUUACAAACUCUGAUGCCCUACCUGCAUCAGAUGCCCCAUCCAGUACCGUUCGCUCGUUUGCAGCUCCUGUCGACCAGCCCAUUUCCGAUGAGCUCAAGGCUCGCUUGAAUAAGGUCAUCUACUCAGAGAUCGGCAUCACUACCCUCCUAUCUCGCUUAAAACAAAGUGUGGCAUCUGCCAAGGAUUUCUCAACUUUUUUGAAGAAGCGAGGAGUACUGGAAGAAGAACAUGCACAGGGUCUACGAAAGCUGUCCCGCGCCAUUAGCGAUGCCGCCCAACGGACCGAAAACAGACAGGGAACAUACAGUGCUAGCUACAAAGAUAUCCACAAUCUUCAGGAGCGCAUGGCCAAACAUGGCCAGCAAUUCUCAGCAUCCCUACAACAGAUGUCCGAGGACCUGACGGAGCUCGCCUCUGAGAUGGAACGGAGUCGUAAGCAAUGGAAACAGACCGGAUUGGCUGCUGAAAAGAAAGUUGUGGAUGCUGAAGUUUUGGCCGAGAAGGCAAAGGUUAAGUAUGAUACCUUGGCUGAACAGUACGAUCGCGCCCGUACCGGAGACAAGCAGAGCGGAAAGUUUGGUUUGAAGGGACACAAGUCCGCUGCGCAGCAUGAGGAGGAACUCCUUCGCAAGGUGCAGCAUGCGGAUAGCGACUAUUCAGCGAAGGUCACAGCUGCACAGAGUGCUCGCCGGGAAUUGAUCUCCACUCAUCGUCCAGAGGCCGUGGAUAAGCUCCAGCAAUUGAUUUCAGAGUGUGACUCGGGCUUGACUUUGCAACAACAGAAGUUUGCUACCUUCAGCGAGAAACUACUUGUAGGUCAAGGUCUAUGUGUCAGCCCAAUAACGGGUGAAAACAGUGGACAAAGCGCACCUAAGAGUCUGGCAGAAGUGGUCCGCCAAGUGGACAACCAGAAGGAUCUCCACGAUUUCAUCCUGACCUAUGAGGGAAAUCCGGGUGCCAUUGCAGGGAAGGAAGUCAAAUACGAGCGUCAUCCUACUCUCAGUGGACCACCACCUGGCCUGCAAACAAGCAAUGUACAAGCCCAGCGCCAACCUUCCGUGCCCAUAUCUUCCCCACCACCCCAAACUUCCCUGCCAGCGUCCUCCAUGGCUCCACCUCCAUCCUUCUCUCAUACUCCCUCUGCUCCAGUGAGCCAAUCGAGCAUUGAGAAGUUCCAUCCACCUUACCCAACGGAUCCUGUCCCACCACCGGCAGCGAGUCAAGCCCCAUAUCCACUUUCCGCAACACCCGUUCACGAAGCUCCUAAUCACGGCCCAUUAUCUGGUCCACCUCCAGUGGAGAGGGGAUUCCAGCCUAGCCUUACUGAGAAUCUACCUCCUCUGAAACCCGUUUUCGGUGUGUCGCUAGAAGAUCUCUAUCACAGAGAUGGAACGGCGGUACCCCUCCUUGUUUACAAAUGUUUCCAAGCCAUUGAGCUGUUUGGACUGGAUUUGGAGGGUGUUUAUCGAAUUCCCGGCAGUGCUAACCACAUCAACCACCUGAAAGCAUUAUUCGACAACGACCCAAAUGCAGUUGAUCUUGCAAACCCAGAGAACUUCUUCCAUGAUGUCAACAGUGUCGCAGGACUUGCGAAGCAGUUCUUCAGGGAUCUGCCUGAUCCCCUAUUCACAUCUCAGUUCUAUGCACAAUUUGUUGAAGCUGCCCGCAUUGAUGAUGAUAUCCAACGCCGAGACUCUCUCCACGCCCUUAUCAAUAAUCUUCCCGAUGCCCACUAUGCCACCCUCAGGGCCGUCAUUCUGCAUCUGAACAAGAUUCAAGAGCAUUACACCGAGAACCGUAUGAACGCAGGCAACCUGGCUAUCUGCUUUGGGCCAACCUUGAUGGGCGCCAACUCCGGAGGCAACAUUGCCGACGCCGGCUGGCAAGUUCGUGUCAUUGAAACGAUCUUGAACAACACCUUCCAAAUCUUUGAUGACGACUAG